AUCUCGUUCUACUGAGGAGAAAGACAGAGCUGCUUCGAAGCUCCCGAGCAAGCAAGGAGGUAAAUCUCGGGAUUCCAUUAAUGGCGGUUAUAACAGAGGAACCAGAAGAGAAAGAAGAACGAAAGCCGUUGUUGAAGAACCGGGAAACAGAAACUCCAUUUUUGAAACCGGGUAAGGUUACAGACUCCCCUGCGGUCACAGCACACGGGUUUGCCUUCUGGGCUUAUUUCACUCUUGCGGUUUCCGUUGUUACGCUUGUCUUUAUUUUUCUCUCUUCACUAAUCCCACAAGACGAUAAAGCUUGGUUUUUAAGCUUACCCAAAGAUGUUCGUCUCCAUUACUCCAAGGGUAGAACAAUUAAGGUCCAGAUAACCCCAAAUCGGCCUCCCAUCAAGGUUUUCGCGAUAGAAGAAGGUCCCAGAGAUGCGGAGACUGUGGUUCUUGUCCAUGGCAUCGGUUGUAGCUCUUAUUCUUUCCGUCAAGUGAUCCACUCGCUAGGUUCCAGUGGAAUUCAUGCUGUUUCAUUUGAUCUUCCCGGUUCUGGUUUCUCAGAUAAGUCCACAUUGGAGGAGAAUGAGAGAUGGGGUGGUGUUCUGGGCAGUCUCUAUGAUGUUUACAGUGAUAUUAAGGAGAAGGGCUUGUUUUGGGGAUUCGAUCAGCUCGUCGAAACGGGACAGAUCCCUUACCAAGAAAAUAAAAUCAGGGUUUCUACGACUAGGAGUACUAGACCCUUGAGUUUGAAAUCAGAGGAGAUGGGUCGAGUUAUUGGGCAAGUGAUCGAUUCGAUGGGUCUCGCACCUGUGCAUCUAGUCUUGCACGAUUCAGCUGUGGGAAUGGGUGCUAGUUGGGCGUCGGAGAAUCCGGGGUCCUUGAGUAGCUUAACUCUGCUUGAUUCUGACUCGAAAUCCAUGGCUUUGCCGUUGUGGGUACUGGAAAUUCCGGUUCUUAGGGAGUUUGUGUUGGGUUUUUCCUUUGCUUAUGCUGGGUUUCUUCGAUUAUGUUGUUCUAGAUCGAUUGAGAUGUCAGCUGCAGAGGCUCAUAGGGUUCUUUUAAAGGGUAGGGAUGGUAGGAGAGCAAUUGUUGGACAUGGGAAAGGUUUGAAUUAUAGCUUCAGUUUGGAAGAAUGGGGUGGUUCAGAGGCAGUGAAGGGCAUGCCGCUUCAAGUGCUUUGGUCUAAUAGCUGGUCUGAAACGUGGAGCAAAGAGGGACGCCAGGUUGCAAAAGCUGUUCCAGGGGCAAUCUUCGUCACCCAUUCUGGUGGGCGCUGGCCUCAGGAAGAUGCAGCAGAUGAGAUAGCUCAAAGCAUUCUUCGGUUUGUAUUGUCAUUGCCGAAAUCCAUUAGACAAGUAAAGGAUGAGCCUCUACCCGAUCAUAUUCAGAAGAUGUUUGAUGAAGCAAAAGAUGGUGCCCAUGAAAGCCAUCAUCAUCACCAGAGUCAUGGUGGCCAUGGCCAUCACCAUGGGGGUCAUGAUCACGUACAUGCUGGCUACAUGGAUGCAUACGGCCUUGGUCAUGGUUGGGGGAGUUGAUCCAUUUGUCUUUGUUUUGCAACUGGAGGUUAGACCAAAGCUUGAGAGUUUUAGGCCUUGUUUUCUGGUGGCUAAGCUGAAUGGUGAGGUUUUCUCUUGUAUCACUGUGUUAGAAGGCUUGUAUUUGUAACUGAGCCAGGCGGUGUUCUCAUGAAAGCGUCAAGUUCUAUUAGUGUGAAUUCAUCCUUAUGUACCUCAGCUAUCCAUCAUAUGCAGUUUGUAUGCCAUUGUGCAGCGAUGACCGAUUUGGAGCAUUAAAUAUUUUUCUGAUG